AUGAGCCGGCUCUUGUUGGCAAUUGUGUUGUACGCAGUGAUGAUUGCUAUGGAAAGAGCUAUUGAGCAAGAAAUUGACGAUAUAGAAGAGAAAAUGAAUAAAUUUGCUGAAUUCGACACGGGAGUUGAGAACGUUGAAAUUGAUGAAUGUUUAGAAUAUGUUUGGAAUUCUCUUUGGCGUGUACCGUUUGCGAAUCGAACUCGAAAGUAUUAUGCAGUUGACGCUGAACUGCAGGAUGAAAUUAAUCGGAAUAGAGAUCUUGGAAUUCCUGAAAAACUUAAUAAGCAACUGAUAGAAGCAUUUUGUAACGUUCGACUCCAACAAGAUAUUAGUGUUUAUUCGAUAAAGUUGGGAAAAACUGGAAAUUUUACAUAUGACAUGAAAGCAGAGUCAAAAUGGAUUAAUAGUGCUGAAAAUGUAGUACAGUAUCAAAAAUCGAGAGAACGACUUGACAGAAUCAUCGAGAAGCGCACAUUUCUUCGAUAUUUAAUUUGGGUUAUCCAAGGAUCAAAAUUAUUCCUAGGCCUUGCAGUGUACUUAAAUGUUAAAGAAAUUGUCGACGUGUUUUAUAGAGGCAACAUGCAAGAGCAAGACUUCUACGAAUUUCGCCGGUACUGUUCGAGUGUGGUUAGCAUGGGAUGGGAUGCGAUCAGUGCUGUAGUAGCACGAAUACUAGCCGCAUAUCCUGUUCAAUCAAUCGUUUUGAGUAUUUUAUUAUGCAUUGCCCUUAGUGCUGGACUAGUCAAUAUUCGUCUGGAACAUGAUAUUCGUAAAUCUUUCUCGCCUGAAAAAUCGGAUUCAGCCUACGAAACUAAUGUAUGGCUUCAAUUUUAUGAGCUUGACCAAUAUCCUGAAAGAGCAUUUUGCAUGUUCACAGCAAAAAAUGGUGGCUCCAAUGUUUUAACGAGGGAGGCACUAUCCGAAAUCUCAUUUAUUGAUAGCCGUCUGACGAAUGCUGUAAAAUUACUAGAUGGAGAUGGUCGGCAGAAUUGUGAACCACUAUGCAAUCUAAAUGCUCCGUUUCAUCUAUUAAAAAAUAUGGAUGCAAUAACCAAUUCAACGAGUAAUACUGUAAUUGAUUUUCCUGAUAUUCGUGUUGAUGGAUUCGAUGUAUUUUUGGGUCUUCAUGUGAGUCCGGCGACAGUUAAUAUUAGCAACAAGUUGAUGCCUAUUAGUGCGAAAACUGUUGUCCUUUGGUAUUUUUCAAGAUCAGAUACUCCCGAAGGAGGUGUCGCGUUCAAGAACGCUGUUGAUGAAUUAUUCGAUUUAAGCAAAAAUUCAAGCGCGUUCAAUCAUAUUGACUUCACAAUUUUCAGCGAUAUCGUAGCAAAUCGCGAAAUGAUUCGUGGAGCCAUUGAGGCUACAACUUUAAUGACAAUAGGAUUUUUCUUGCUGCUCACUCAAGUAAUAAUUGUGAUCGCAAGGCUGUCAUCAGCGAAAAUGGUCCCGUUUUUGGUUGCGAGUGCCUUACUUAUUCCAAUUGUUGCAACGAUAGCCUCAUUUGGCACAAUUUGCUGGCUUGGACUUCCGUCAUUUCCAAUACAAUGUGUUACACCAUUCUUAGUUCUUGGAAUCGGUGUUGACGACGCAUUCAUUUUGCUUCAUCGAUGGAAGCAUCAUAUUUCGAUAAGUGAUACUUCAAAAAGAUUAGAGCAUGUCAUUGUGGAUGUAGGUCCUUCAAUUACCAUCACUUCGCUAACCAACAUAAUUGCGUUCGGCAUUGGAUUUUUCACACCAACCCCUCAAAUGUCACUUUUCUGCUUGACCGCCUCAAUAGCUUUACUAUUCGAUUACAUUUUUACUUACACUGUAUUCGCUCCAAUCGUAUUUUUAUGCAAUGAUAAGACGUAUGCGCCUGUGAUGAAGCCAGAGCUCCGAGAUCACGAGAGUUUCCUUGCGAAGUACUCACGAUUCAUUUGCUCUCUUCAAGGUCGUGUUCUUUGUGGAUUUCUAUUGGUUGUCAUGUACGGCUUAACAACGUACGGUGUUGUUACAAUGCGAACGAGUUUCGAACCAGCGAAAGCUUUUCCAUCGAACUCCAAAUUGGUUACAGCUCUCCGAGAUAUUAAGCCUGUGUUUAACACAUACUUUCCUAUUACAGUUGUUAUCAAUAAUCCGCCAGAUAUUGAAAACGAGAAUGAGUACCACGAUUUCUAUCGCUUUAUAAAUCGACUUGAGCAUGUCCCGGGAAUUCACGGAAAUAAUCGAACCCUACUUUUUUUGCCGCAAUAUGAAAAAUUCGAUCGAGCAGUGCAUUCGGUUCUUUCCAUAUUUUCCGAUGAUUACAUACCGUCGUAUGACAACCUGCGAUUUUGGAUCGAGAAAAUUGGAAAUCCGAAAAUUGCAAAAUUUGAAAAAAACGAGAAUGGAACAUUGGAAGUGAAAGCGUUUCGAAUGACGCUUCUCGGAAAAGGAAUGUCCGAAUGGGCGGAGCGUGCGCGGGCCAUGCAAAAUAUUCGCACCAUCUUACAGUCAGAGCCCAGUUUCAAUGCUACACUUUUUGAUUGCGAUUCUGCAAUUUUGAAUAUAAUUUUAUCGGUUGGGCAAGAUUUGAUCGGUUCGAUUGCAGUUACUGUGGUGUGUAUGGCUUUAGUGUGUUUUGUAUUCAUUGCAAAUAUUAAUGCUGUCGCUGUAAUAACGGCUGUGAUCGCUUCAAUUUGUUUUGUGCUCAUCGGCGGUCUAUCGUUUUGGGGAGCUGAUUUGGACCCGGUUGUUCAGGUCGAUGUGCUCCUUGCCACUGGAUUUUCCGUUGAUUACACAGCGCAUGUCGCUUAUAACUAUUUCCGAGCACGUGGAACAUCAUAUGAUCGCGUGUAUACAUGCUUGGCCGAAAUGGCCGAGCCGAUGUUUGAGGCGGGUCUUUCAACAUUUUUAUGCAUGCUUCCUUUAAUCUUUGUGCCGACAUACACAAUAGUCUGUUUUGCUAAAACGGUAUUCCUUGUUGUUUUCAUUGGUCUCCUACACGGUUUAUUUAUCCUACCGGUUGUCCUUUCAUUAUUUUCCAGUAGGCGACCGCUCGAGGAGAAAGAACUGGCCGUGACGAACGGAAGCGAUCAGCCAUUGGUUGAAAAAUACUUCCGCUUUAAAUCUGUUAUCAGCAUUGGUAUUCAUCAGAAUGAAGAAUUUCAACGAUAUGAUGGAUGGUAUAAUAACCUAGCGAAUAGUGAAUGGGGUUCAGCAGGUAGCAGGUUACAUAGAGAUGCACCAUCUAAUUACCCCGACGGCGUUUAUGCAAUCAACAACACCCUUCCAUCUGCCAGAGUUCUUUCAGAUCUAUUGUUCAAAGGGGAAGCUGGAAUUCCGAAUACGAGGAAUGUCACCACUCUCCUUGCAUUCUUCAGCCAAGUGGUUGCCUAUGAGAUCAUGCAAUCAAACGGUGUGAGUUGCCCUCUGGAAGUACUAAAUAUUCCUGUCCCGAAAUGUGAUGAAGUUUUUGACAAGCAUUGCGAAGGGAAAACAGAGAUACCAUUUACACGAGCCAAGUAUGACAAGAGCACUGGCAACGGAUUGAACUCACCCAGGGAACAAAUUAAUGAAAGGACAUCAUGGCUUGACGGUUCUUUCCUUUAUGGUACAACAGAGCCUUGGGUAAACUCGUUGAGAGCUUUUAAGAAUGGAAGACUUAUGGAAGGAAUUCCUGGCUAUCCGCCACUAAACAACCAUCACAUUCCGCUUAAUAACCCUGCUCCACCACAGGUUCAUCGUCUUAUGAGUCCUGACAGACUAUUCAUGCUUGGUGAUUCGCGAGUCAACGAAAAUCCCGGCCUUCUUUCAUUCGGACUCAUUUUGUUCCGCUGGCACAACGCCAACGCCGACAGAAUCAAUCGCGAGCAUCCAGAUUGGACAGACGAACAAAUUUUCCAGGCGGCUCGGCGUUACGUGAUUGCGACACUUCAAAAGAUUAUCGCUUAUGAUUUUCUGCCAGCCCUUCUUGGAGGAGUCGAAUUGCCGAAAUAUACGAAAUACAUGCCCCACGUGCCACCUGGCAUAUCGCACGCGUUCGCCGCCGCCGCCUUCCGAUUUCCCCAUUCAAUUGUUCCUCCGGCAAUGUUGUUGAGAAAACGAGGAGCCAAAUGCGAGUUCCGAACGGAAGUUGGCGGAUAUCCGGCUUUGAGAUUGUGCCAAAAUUGGUGGAAUGCUCAGGAUAUCGUUAGCGAAUACAGUGUUGAUGAAAUCGUGCUCGGAAUGGCGUCGCAGAUUGCUGAAAGAGAUGAUAAUAUUGUGGUUGAGGACCUGAGAGACUAUAUUUUUGGACCAAUGCAUUUUUCGAGACUUGAUGUGGUCUCUUCAUCGAUUAUGAGAGGACGAGACAACGGGCUCCCGCCGUAUAAUGUGCUGCGAAGAACAUUUGGCCUUGCUCCAAGAACUUGGGAAACAAUAAAUAGCGAGUUUUAUGCGAAGCAUAAGGAAAUGUUCGAAAAACUUAAAAACCUCUAUGGUGGUGAUAUUGGUCAUCUCGAUGCCUACAUUGGCGGAAUGUUAGAAGGCGGGGAAAAUGGUCCUGGCGAGCUUUUCAUUCAUAUAAUCAAGGAUCAAUUCGAGAGAAUUCGAGACGGCGAUCGAUUCUGGUUUGAGAAUCGUGUCAAUGGCAUCUUCACCGAUGAAGAAAUUGCGGAAAUAAGAAAUGUGACCCUUCGUGACAUCAUCAAAGCGACCACAGACAUAUCGGAAAACAUGCUCCAGAAAGACGUGUUUUUUUUCAAAGAUGGUGAUCCGUGCCCACAACCGUUCCAAGUAAAUACGACCGGAUUGGAAACAUGCGUUCCGUUUAUGGAAUCUACCUACUGGUCCGACAAUGAUGUCACUUAUAUUUUUACUCUCAUUGGGUUAGCAUGUGUGCCUUUAAUUUGCUUCGGGAUCGGUCGAUAUCUAGUCGUGCGUCGUUGUAGUAUCGGGCAUAAUGCUGCUUAUGACGACCUGACAGCAAUAUUUCCGACAAUCGACGAGCCAAAAAACAGCAUAGAUAUUUACAGUGUGAAUGCUCUCGAAUGGCUACAAGAAGAACACAUACGGCAAGUUCGAGUCGAAAUCGAAAACUCUACGAUUACUGUAAAAAAGCCACGUGGUGGAAUUUUGCGAAAAAUUCGGCUCAAAGAGAAUGUUGUCAUUGAUUUGAAGCACUCAGAGCCAAGAGCGUCAACAAUGCACGGACCAUAUCUGCUAGUUUCCCAAUCAAAAAACAAUGAUCUGGUUAUUCGUCUGCAUUCUGACAUUGACUUGAGCCAAUUUAUCACGAAACUUCGAGAAGCCGCCGCCAGCGUUGGAAGCAAUUUGAAUGUUGAAUCGAAACCAAAUAUGGAACUUCUUGAAAAUGCUACGACAAAGGAGCGAAGGCAGGAUCAAUUGCAGGCGGUCUUCCGAAAAGGAUACGCUAAAGUAUUCAAUACUACUGAGUUCACUAAUGAUGACGAAGAAAGCUUGGCGUCCACUGGAUCCGAGGAUUGUGUUGAAUCGCUAAGCAGAGCCGAACUUGCCAAUGCGAUCGGAAUGCGUGAAGACGAUUUGUUUGUGUCGCGAAUGUUCGCCUUGUGUGCCAAGCAAAACGAGGAAACCAUUAAUUUCAACGAGUUCUUCGCCAUUUUGCACAAAUUCGAUAAAUCGCCCAUGAAGGAGAAACUGAGAUUACUGUACAAAAUGUGUGAUUUGGAAGGUACGAAUCGUGUUUUGCGCAAGGAUUUGACGGAUGUCGUCCGAUCAUUGAACAAAGCCGCUGGUGUUAUGCUCGAUGAUGGAAGUCAGAAGAAACUCUUCGAUCAAGUCAUGUCGAGAGCAGUGUCACGAGAAGCAGAUUACUUAACGUUCGACGAGUUUGAAGCGAUUUUUGCGAAUGUUGAUUCUCGAAGAUUCGGAGCUCCAGUAAAUGAUCGUGGAGCGAGGAACAGAAAUCAACCGGAAACGUCAUCUAUUAGUUCGUUUGCGGUUGUUGAUAACUCGCCAAUGAUCAGCACGCCCAAAAAAUUCCUAUCAAGAGUCCUCGCGUUCCUGGAAACCUAUCGCCAACAUACCUUCAUCGUUUCCAUAUUUGUGUGCCUCAAUAUAAUAGUAUUCUUUGAGAGAUUUUGGCAUUAUCGUUAUAUGACCGAGCACCGUGAUUUGAGACGUGUUAUGGGUGUUGGAAUAGCGAUAACACGCGGAGCGGCCGGAGCGUUGUCAUUCUGCAUGGCUUUGAUUCUUCUCACUGUUUGCCGAAAUAUAAUCACCAUACUUCGAGAAACCAUCAUUGCACAGUAUAUUCCGUUUGACUCGGCCAUCGGGUUUCACAAAAUCGUCGCCUUGUUCACUUCAUUUUGGGCAAUCGUCCAUACCGUUGGGCAUUGUGUCAACUUCUAUCAUGUUGGAACUCAAAGUCAGGAAGGAUUGAACUGCUUGUUCCAGGAAGCUGUGUUUGGAUCCAACUUCCUUCCUUCAAUUAGUUAUUGGUUUUUCCAAACAAUAACUGGUUUGACGGGAAUCGCUUUAGUUGCUGUUAUGUGUAUUAUAUAUGUUUUUGCGUUACCCGCCUUCAUUCGACGGGCGUAUCGUGCUUUUCGACUUACCCAUUUGCUCAACAUUGCCUUUUACGCACUCACUUUUCUCCAUGGACUUCCUAAAUUGCUUGAUUCUCCCAAGUUUUUUUAUUUUGUCAUUGGACCAGUUAUCUGCUUCGUUCUUGAUUGGAUAAUUGGAAAAACAAAGUUCUAUAAAAGGCUUGAAAUCAUUGACGCUGCUAUUCUGCCCUCAGAUAUAAUUUACAUUGAGUUCCGCCGACCGCGAACCUUCGAAUACAAAUCGGGACAGUGGGUUCGAAUUUCAUCGCCGGCAAUUUCGUGCACGUUCAAUGAAAGUCACGCAUUUUCUAUUGCUUCCUCACCACAAGAAUCAACGAUGAAGCUUUAUAUCAAAGCAGUGGGACCAUGGACAUGGAAAUUAAGAGCAGAGAUCCAACGAGCCCAAGCUGAAGUCGAGCCAAUUUACCCACUGAUACAUCUUCAAGGUCCUUACGGCGAUGGAAAUCAGGAAUGGAUGAAUUACGAAGUUGCUGUGAUGGUUGGUGGCGGAAUUGGCGUCACCCCAUACGCAUCAACGCUUCUCGACCUUGUCAAGUUAACAUCAAGCGACGGCUAUAAUACAGUUCGCUGUAAGAAGGUGUAUUUCCUAUGGGUGUGCCCCACUCAUAAAAACUACGAGUGGUUUGUCGACUGUCUCAAGAAUAUCGAAGAGCAAGAUGCAAAGAAUAUUUUGGAAACCCACAUUUUCAUAACUCAAGUCUUCCACAAAUUCGACUUGAGAACCUCAAUGUUAUAUAUUUGUGAGAAGCACUUCCGAGAAUCCCAUGAAGGAGUUUCAAUGUUCACCGGUCUACACGCCCAAAAUCAUUUCGGUCGUCCGAAUUUCAAGGAAUUCUUCAGAUUCGUACAAGACCGACACGGAAAUCAAAACGAGAUCGGAGUGUUCAGCUGUGGACCAGCGAAUCUUAAUGAGAAAAUUGCUGAAGGAUGUGCGCAGGCUAACGGAAAUCGCAGCAACACUGCGCCGACAUUUUCCCAUCGCUUCGAAACGUUUUGA